AUGGAAUACGAACAUCUUAACACAGCUUCGCCAAAGGGCCAAGCAACUGGUGGCGGUAAAGCCUGGUCUGAGGAAGAAGAAGCAUAUCUUCUACAAAAGAGAUCCGAGAAAGUUGCCUACAAAAAGAUUGCUCUGCAACUGAACAAAACAGAGCUUGCCUGUCGUUUACAUUUCCAUCAACUACAACGUGGUAGCAACCGACGCCGACGAAACCUUUCCAUGUCCUCUAGCGAGAGCACUGGUCCGAUUUACGCUACUGCAGGAUAUCCAACUUCAAACUAUGGGGAUAUCAAUAGAAGAUCCGCUAGCCCAGGUGGUACUCCACCCGUCCCUGAAAUUCGGUACAGAGAAAGAAGCAGCUUUUCACCUGGACAUGGAAGAAAUCACAGCUGGACAUCCUCCCCAAGUGGCUUCGGCGCCAGGCCUCUCGACAACCCUGCAGAUGUCGACUAUUCUCGACUUCAAAGACUCGUCGACCAUCAUAAGCGUAAUAUGUGGGCAGCAGUCGCCGCGGAUUAUGGCGAGGGAGCUACUCCCGAAUUUCUCGAGACAUUCUGGAGCAAGCAGCAAGCAGCCCGACAUGAGUAUGAACGCAAACCCACCGGCACUCCACCAACUCCCAUGGUUUCUCCACGUACCGAGGCCGAACAAAUCGCAUGCGGUCGUGGUGUUUCCCCUAGUGUAUUACAACAUCAUCCUCUAAACCAGCACCCACGCAAAGCGGCGAGAGAAGGCUGCAGGCCGUGGGAACUGGAAACCCCAAUUCUGUCUAUUCCUUCACCGGAGAAAAAGAGGUACGAGUUAUUUGGACCAGAGUUGCACGGCAGCGGCAGCGGGUAUGCCCAUCCCGCUGCUGUUGCCGCUGGAGUAGCCAUUGCUGAGAUGUCAAGGUAUUCUCCAGAGAGGAGCAUGUCCAACAGGCCGUCUUCACACAGUUCUCACAGAUCAAUCUCCGUUGAAAGUAUCAUCGCACCACCAGAAGUUAUCAUGACAAGAGUCUAA